UAGCUUUGCUUCACCUGAAACCCUUCCUCCUCAAAAAAUGGCGACUAGGGCAUUGUUAGCUCGGCGACCUCUCCAUCUCCUUAUCUAUGGAUCACCACAUCAGAAGCUCCGAUAUAUCUCAAACUCUCCUGAAAUUUCUCUCGCGAAUCUCCUUGGGAAACACAUUUUCCCCUUCUCCUCCCACCUCCACGAAUUAAUCCAACAUAACCCAUUUUUAAUCCGGACGCCCUCUUCAGAUCUAUCCAAACCGAUCUCACUCCUCCAAUCCCUGGGGUUCUCCAAAACUUCUCUCCUCUAUGUCAUCCAUGCUUGCCCCAAAACUCUAGACUACGAAUUUCUGACAAAAUGGAAUAAUGGUUUCUUCGAACUGGGCCUCACUAAUGCUGCCUCUGCUUCUACGAUUCAGAUGAUUCUGGUACAAUCUGCAAGUAACAAGAUUGAGCCGGAGGACUUUAUUCGGACUUUGCGGCAAAUGAAAAGUGUGGGAUUUAGCGCAGAAACGGUGAUAAGGGUUUUCGAGGCCAUUCCUGCCGCAUUUAUGAGGGACGGGAUCCACAUCAGCCGUAGAAUCGAGUUCUUGAAGAAAUCCGCUGGGAUUAAAAAACAGGAGGAAUUGAACAAGAUUUGCCAGUCUUACCCAGAAUUCUUGGCAUUUAGCAUCGACAACACAUUGAGGCCACUCUUUGCAGAACUCUCUGAUCUGGGAUUUGAUCAAAUUGAAGUUAGAAAGGUCUUAAUUCAAAAUCCUAAUCUGCUCUUGAGCAUGGAAUUUGGAGAGCUCUCACGUUAUGUGAACUUGCUUGAAGGCCUCAAAUGCAGAACUCCAAUAAAAAAUCGAGUCCUAGCAAGAGGCCGCCUUUGCGCUGUUGUCGACAUAAAGAUUAGAAUUGAGUUACUAUGCAAGCACGGAUUGAUCCAAAGGGAUGCGCUGAAGAUCCUCCAUGUUGAGCCGAGGUCAAUUUUGUACUCACAGGAGGAUUUGGAGAAAAAAAUACAAUUCUUAUUGCAGCAACUAGGGUUUAAUAUUGAUCACUUGUUUGAAUUCCCCGAUUACUUGGGUGUGAAUUUGGAGAAGCAAAUCAUUCCCAGACUACAAGUUGUGGAUUUUCUGAAAUCGAAGGGUCUACUUGAGAUGGUGGUGGAAUUGAAGCAUUUUGUGAGGCUAAGUAGGAGGAAGUUCUACAACUUCUUUGUGAAGCCUUAUACCGACUGUGAAAAGAUUUUUGGAGGGUUGAUGAGAGAUGUGAGGGUGAACGAUGAAAAGUUGAAGAGGAAGCAUCCCACUGGUCUGUGGAAGUUGUUCAAGCCUCAGAAGUAUUUUGAUUCUGAAGACGAUGUGAAGAACAUAAAACAAUUUAUGGACAUUUGACAUUUCUUUCAUUGUCAAAAGAAUUAUUGUUCUUCAUUAAUUUACUUGUGAUAGAAUUCUUUACUUAUAUAAA